AUGUCAUUUACUUCACCAAUGCCAUCUCAGGAGUUUUUGUGGGACGUCUUUCAAAAGGUUGACAGAGACCGUUCAGGAUUUAUCUCAUCUGAUGAGCUGCAAUUGGCACUUUCAAAUGGCACUUGGCAGCCAUUCAACAAAGAAACUAUUAGGCUCAUGAUUGGAAUGUUUGACAAACAAAAUACAGGAACAGUCAAUUUUCAAGAUUUUGGAGCUUUGUGGAAAUACGUUACAGACUGGCAAAACUGUUUCCGUAGCUUUGACACAGACAAUUCAGGAUCAAUUGAUAAAAAUGAAUUAAAGACAGCACUAACAUCAUUCGGAUAUCGUUUGAGUGACUGGCUUGUAGAAAUGCUAAUAAGAAAAUAUGAUCGAUAUGGACGAGGAACUGUCUUAUUUGAUGACUUUAUUCAAUGCUGUGUCACAUUAUAUACAUUAACAAAUGCAUUUCGGGCAUAUGAUACAAAUCAAUCAGGUGUCAUUACUAUUCAUUAUGAACAGUUCUUGAGCAUGGUCUUUUCCUUAAAGUCAUAA